UGAAAAUCACUCAUUCAUUCAAUAAUGGUACCCAUAUCAGAGUAAUUUGUUUUAAAUUCAUCGAAAAUAGUUUUCAAUAACAAAAGUCUCUAACGAUGGAGGGUGAAGAUUUUUGCAUUAGAACGGAAUCAUGCGAUGAUGAUUAGAUAUAUGAGGAAGAAGUUCCCGAUUUUGCAAUUGAAGUUGCUGCUUUGGAUGGUAAUAUGAAUUCAGAUGAAGUAGAAGUAAUCGAUGAUUUUGAUCAUGUUUCUUCAUCAAUUGUUGGUGACGAUAGAUCGUUGGUUAUAUACAAUGAUCAAGAUCUUGAUUUUACAGGAGAUGAUGUGCUAAUUGGACGAUAUUUUAACUCUGAACAAGAAGCAUUUGAUGCUUAUAAUGCUUACGCAAAGCUCAUCGGAUUUUCAAUUAAAAAGUUCAAAGACAGGAAAAGGGCCAAGUCUGGUGUUGUUUAUUGGAAAUAGUUUACUUGUAGCAAAUAAGGGGUGAAAAUUUCAAAAGGUCUUUGCUAUACCAAGACGGAUACGCGUGUUGGUUGAAAGACGAUGGUUGUGGUGCGGAUAGAUGAUGAGGGGAUAUGGAAGGUGUUGAAUCAUGUGGCUGAUCAUUAUCAUGACCUUGUUCCUUUAAGACGAAGGCAUUUGAUUCGUUCUCAAAGAGAAGUUCCAACGAAUGAUGUUACGCUUUUGUCCAAAUUAAAGGAUAGUUGUAUUGGCCUUACUAGUGAUUUCGGAGUUCUCAAGGAUCAAGCACAAAGUGUUCCUAACCUAAGCUACACUAUAACAGAUGCCAGAAAUAAGGUUGCAGCUCAUGAACGUGUUAAAUGAGAAGGUGGUGAUACGAACAAGUUGUUGGAUAUGUUGGAGGAAAGGAAAGAGAGAGAAGAUAGUUUUUAUUAUAACUAUAGUCAUGAUAAAGAAUGUAGGUUUUCUUGUAUUUUCUGGAGGGAUGCACGUCGCUACUAAGCCCUGCAGAUUUGGCCUCCUCGAAUAACCCUCCAAGCUUAAUUAGCAGUGGACCCAUAUCAUUUAUGAUUAUAAGUUGAAAUUUUUCUGCCAAACUCAUUUCCUAUAAAAUAUCCAUUCAUCGUUAGUCCGUUUGAUAUUCAUGAAAUGUAUACAAUUAAAUAUUACCUAAUUGGAAAAUGUACCUUCUAGGUCGCCUGUUGCUAAGGAUGGUUCGGAAUGACUUUGCUGUUGAG